CCACCCAGCACUUGCACGCCAGCCAAGUGCCCUUAACGAACUAAUUAUAUUCCCCCCUAGACACCCUAAAAUCGUCUCGUGACUGGUGUAUCUGGCUCACGGUCUCAUCAUGCCGGCCGUUCACGGGGACUUGAUGACCACGGUCGUCCCCACGGAGAAGGAGUUGCCCCUUGACAUCGUGCCGCGACAGGUCAUACUCAGGGAUCGAGUCACGGUCGCCACCUUGGUCCCCUUCACUUCAGCGGAUGCGAUCCCUCGCUCUUUAUUAGCUUAUCUAUCCGAUCAGUUAAAUAAGGAAAUCGAAGGUGGUGAUACCUAUGCCAUGAUUGAUCCCAUCCCCUUGGAGCAGUUUGGGCCGUAUUGGUUCUCCAAUUUUGGCGCCAUCAUGCUUAUGGGGGACAUCAAGAGUGUGCAAGAGGUUCAAGCACUAGGUCGGAACCGCGCCAAUUGGUCCAAGAUCUGCUUGGGCAGCUUCAAUAUCCGACCCAAUUAUCCCGGUCGUAGUAGUCACGUCUGCAAUGGCAUGUUUCUGGUCACCGACGCCGCCCGAAACAAAGGUGUAGGUCGACUAAUGGGGGAAGGCUAUCUCGAAUGGGCUCCUAAGAUGGGGUACACAUAUGCGGUCUUUAACCUGGUCUAUGAGAGUAACGUGGCAUCUUGCCGCCUGUGGGAUGCUCUGGGGUUUAAGCGGAUUGGCAGGGUCCCGGGGGGCGGUCGGCUCAUUUCCAAUCCUGGUCAGUACGUAGAUGCUAUCAUCUACGGCCGGGAUCUAGGCCCGGAAGGGGAAGAUUCUGUCACACAAGAUCGGUUUGACAAGAUCCGGUACUAUCUCAAGCAUUCCAAAUACCCCAGGGGGGCUGACCGGGCUGAGAAAAGUCGGCUUCGGAGUGCAGCUACCCACUACAAGUUAAUUGGAGGUAAAGAUGGGGACGGUGAGAAAUUGAUGCUAAAAGACAAGGAGGUUGUAUCCGACCCGCAGCAGCAGUACGACAUUGCCCGGGAGAUGCAUAUGCAGCAGCAUGCAGGCAUCAACAAGACCACAGCUGCCAUUGCAGUCAAAUACCAUUGGGUGCGGAUUAAAGAAACGGUCAGUCGGGUGAUCCGGGACUGUCCACAGUGUAAAGAGAUCCUUAAACCUCCGAUAAUCAAUGGGGUUAUGCAUGAGGGUACCCCUGAAGAUGAUGACGAUGAUCUGGGAAUUGACGAGGCUGACUUGCCGGAAGCUGAUGCUGACAUGGCGUCCAGCGAUCCUAUGAGUGCGCAUGCGCUGAUGGACCACGCCGCCAUGGAUGCUCACAAUACGAACCCAUUUGUGACCGCUCAUUCAGUAGUGCAAGGAUCAGUGGAUUCCAUCACCGAUUACACGGGUUUGCCGCUGGACCCACAAAUUAUCGACAUACAUCAGCAGCUCCCUCGAUUUCAUCCACACGAUACCAUGACUGAUCCAUAUGCCCACGCUGCACAUAGUUUACAUGCAUCAAGCUUUGACAAUGAUGUCCGCCAUCAUGCGGCUCAUGACUACCAUAUGAUGGUUGAUCAUCCCACCGAUCCUGAUCCGUCCACGGCGCUUCAUCAAGAAGUGUUGGGGCUGGUACAUUCUCAGGCUCACGACGUCCAUCACGAGCAAAUUCUGGCGAAGUACCAGUACGUGGAUCAGCCAGAUGAUGGCCUGGAUUUUACAUGAGAUUUUUUCCCUAUUCCGUUUACUUUUCCUUAUUUUCGGUCACUAUCCCUCUCUCAAUUUCUUUCUCAGGUCCUUUCAUUGCUGGACCUACUCUCGGUUGUAUUAGGGUUUUUAUGCAUCUUCUUAGGCGUUGGUAAGGUUGGAAGGUGUUGGUCCGUUACGGAAUGCUGAGCCAUCAUAUUAGGCAUGAAAUGAUUUUCGGGGUCUACGAAGCGCAAUAUAAUUAUAGUUGAAUGUAUCAUAUGUUAAUCAAUCACAAUGAUGACGCCAUGCCAU